GAACGAAUAAGGAUGAAGCUUUGAUUUUUGUAUAUCUAAACAAAAUAACCAUCGCAUCGCUUACGGGGUGGAGUUGUCCUUUAGAGGAACGUUCAAACGCCUUGGGUCUCUUUCCUUUUUUGUACUCUGGUGACACUGUUGCGAAACCGCUUCGUUUUCGUCGUUUAUUAGAACGCCCCCCGUUGAGUUAACAGCAAACAGUGUGAAAAAGAAUAGGAGGGAAUCAGACUGCUUACAAAACAUUGUGCCACAUCGACCCUAUAAGUGUUAUAGAACAUCAGAAGAAGAGUAAACAUAUAGUGCCAAGAACACAGCACUUCAUCUAACCUGCUGCGGCUAACAGUCCAAUCCUAUAAAUCGAAAUAUGGCGGAGAAUGUAAGAAGGACAUUGGAAGAAGGGGCACCGCUGAUUGAACAACCAAGGGAGACAACUUCAAUUGACACGGAAAUAAGAGAACCAGUGCGUGAAGGGCAUGACUGCAAGCUUUUCCGGAUUUGCACUGGAAAGGAAAACGACCCAUAUUUGUACGUUCCCCACUUUCAAAAGGAAAAGAAAAAGAGACCAAUUUAUGAGGGGUACUACAACUGCGAUGUUCCAGUUGCCAUCGUAAGGAUUGACCCCAGCAGUCAUAGCGGUCCGACCAAAAAAGAAAUUGGUCGAGAGCUUCAAAUAUUGAAAGAACUGGAGGUCCACGAAAAUUUUAUUCGCUAUUUUACUCACGAGAUGAACAAGGACUUCGUGUUCAUUGCAACAGAACUGUGUCUGUGUUCAGUUGCAGACCUUUUAGAUCCAGCUCUCGAGGAGGAAAUCCCAGAGAAAGAAGCAAUUAUGUUGGAUUUACAAGCGAAAGAAAUCCUGCGCCAGGCAACGAGAGGACUCAGCUACUUACACCAAAACAACUUCGUCCAUCGCAACAUCAAACCCAAUAACUUUCUUAUUAAAGAAGUUAAAACAGGCGACAAAUCAUGUCGAUUUGUAGUUAAAAUAACUGACUUUCGCCUAACCAGAAAGCGUGAUCCUCAUAAGAACUUGCAAUUAUCGGGGUCGGUUGCAUCAGAAGGAUGGGAGGCACCGGAAAGCCAAGAUUUGGAAAAAGAUCUCAGCACAAAAUUGGACGUCUUCAUUCUCGGUUGUUUCUAUCACUAUGUCUUUGUUGCCCUGUCGAAGAAUGAAGCCAACAACGGAAAGCCCAGACAUCCAUUCGGAGACAGUAAUAUGCGUACGUAUAAUAUUAUCAAUAGAGAUUAUUUCUCUAAGAGAGAGCUUCCAUUCGUUUCCAAUGAUGAGGAAGAGGCAAAAGUGGUAGAUCUUAUAAAGAAGAUGUUGAUGUUCAACGAGGAGGACCGUCCAACAUUACAACAAGUUCUUGAAGAUGAUUAUUUCGAGCCCUCUGAAGAUUAUAAAAUAUACAACUAUGAAGACAAAUCAAAGAAACCCGGCCUUUGUGUUAUCUUCAACCAGGAAAAAUUCGAAGAUGGAAAAAGGUCCGUAGAGGAAGUGAGAGGGACCGAGAUGAAGUUCGGAUACGCUUUGAAAACUGAAAUCAAUGAUCUGGCCAACGAAAGAGAUUUCAAGGAUUAUGGCUGUUUAGUUGUAUGUCUUUUGUCUCAUGGAAUUGAGGACGCAAUCCUAUGCAAUGACGGCAAAUUCGUUAACACAAAUGAACUAAAGUACCAGUUCUCUUUGGAUAAUUGCCCCUCCCUCUAUGGCAAACCGAAAGUCUUCAUCAUUCAGGCUUGUCAGGGAAAACUGGGACAGAGCAAAACGGGAAUAAAAGCUCCUUUGGAAAAAUCAAACAAAAGACGAUUCGACAGUAACAUUGACAGAGUUGGAUAUUGA